CGGGCUCCCGUAGCCGGGGCACGGUGGUGGCGCCACGUCCAGGGUGGUGUCCGGAAAGGAGUCAAUAGGCCUGGGGACUGCUUGGGGUGGCCAUGGCCUUCACGCUGUACUCCCUGCUGCAGGCGGCCCUGCUGUGCGUGAACGCCAUCGCCGUGCUGCACGAGGAGCGCUUCCUCAAGAACAUUGGCUGGGGAACAGACCAGGGAAUUGGCGGAUUCGGAGAGGAGCCAGGAAUUAAAUCUCAACUCAUGAACCUGAUUCGAUCUGUACGAACCGUGAUGAGAGUGCCAUUGAUAAUAGUAAACUCAAUUACUAUUGUAUUGCUUUUGUUAUUUGGCUGAACGUCAUUGGGACCAGAGACUCAGAAGAGACGCCCAGGAGUUACCAUUUCCAUUGUGACUGGAAUAUCCAUGUUUUAGCAGGCUCAUCUUGCAGUUGACAAAAAUGUAAAGUUGACAAUAAAAGCAGUUUCUAUUUA